GCUGUUGCUGCUGUUGCUGCUGGUGCGGUGGUGGCGGUUGGUUGGAGGCGACCCCGGGCGGGUAGACCUUCUCAGAAGCUUCACAGGAGAGAAAGCAGUGGCAGAGAAGGAAUUUCUCAAUCUUGGCACGAAACUGAAUGGCUUCUACAGGGAGCCAGGACUCUGACAUAGACUCAAGGUUCGGAUUCUUCAGUGAUGGCGCACCCCCCACCAAAAAGCCCAGAAAACUGCUUCCAAGCUUAAAAAUAAAGAAGCCCCAGGAGCUCGUGCUGGUGAUCGGAACAGGAAUUAGCGCUGCCGUCGCACCCCAGGUUCCGGCCCUGAAAUCCUGGAAGGGCUUGAUUCAGGCCUUACUGGACGCUGCCAUUGACUUUGAUCUUCUAGAAGAUGAGGAGAGCAGGAAAUUCCAGAAGUGUCUCCAUGAAGACAAGAACCUUGUCCAUGUCGCCCAUGACCUCAUCCAGAAACUCUCUCCUCGUACGAGUAAUGUUAGAUCCACGUUUUUUAAGGACUGUUUAUAUGAAGUAUUUAACGACUUGGAGUCAAAGAUGGAAGAUUCGGGAAAACAGCUACUUCAAUCUGUUCUCCACCUGAUGGAAAAUGGAGCUCUGGUAUUAACUACAAAUUUUGAUAAUCUCCUGGAACUGUAUGCUGCAGAUCAGGGGAAACAACUGGAAUCUCUUGACCUUACUGAUGAAAAAAAGGUCCUCGAGUGGGCUCAAGAGAAGCGGAAGCUGAGCGUGCUCCACAUCCAUGGGGUCUACACCAACCCCAGCGGCAUUGUCCUCCAUCCCGCCGGCUACCAGAAUGUGCUCAGGAACACUGAAGUGAUGAGAGAGAUUCAGAAACUCUAUGAAACCAAGUCGUUUCUCUUCCUGGGCUGUGGCUGGACUGUGGACGAUACCACUUUUCAAGCCCUUUUCCUUGAAGCAGUCAAGCAUAAAUCUGACUUAGAGCACUUCAUGCUGGUCCGGAGAGGAGACGUCGACGAGUUCAAGAAGCUUAGAGAAAACAUGCUGGACAAAGGGAUCAAGGUCAUCUCUUAUGGGAGUGAAUAUGCUGAUCUUCCUGAGUAUUUCAAGCGGCUGACGUGUGAGAUCUCCACUAGGGGUAGAACAGGGAUGAUGAGAGACAGCCAGCUGAAUGGCUCAUCCAUUGCACACAGCGAAAGAAGAGACUGUAGCACAUGAGGGAGUUACAGAAAAGGCCAUCGGAGCCCAAGCUGGAAGGCCCUGCCUUGGACAGUGUUUAACAAGUACAUCUGCAGAACCCAACGCAGCUUCUAGGAGUACCAAAACCCAGUGGUGGAAAGUUGGGGAGACAGGGGGCUGGUUCCAGCUCAGUCUUUGUGCCCAUUGUUUUUGAUAUCCUGUGUGUUCCCGUUCAAAGAAAUCCCAGAGCCAGGCAUGGGCCCCACAUGCAGCCAAUGCACCCAGGCUGGCUGUGCUGUACCCAGUUGGCACCAUGAUCUUCCUGCUGACUGCCCACUGCUCUACACAAGGACAUGAACUUGGGGCCCAGGCGCUGAGGGACCCCAGGGCCUGCUGCGGUUUUGUACUCUACACUUGGUUUUUCAGCUGAGCUCAUGGCUUUUUUUAAAACAUGACUUGAAGCUCUAGUUUUCUAGCUCUUUUACAGUGUACAGUAUUUUACAUAAUUGUGUUGUAUUAAAAGCUUGUUCAUUUA